ACUCUGCAUCUUAUCACCUUCCUUGCCCCUCCGCAACCGCAAGGGCCGCCCUCCUCCGUCCCGCGCCGCUUCCAAAACUCCAAAUCGGAAUCUCCUUCCCCCCUCCCCGCGACAGCCCGGCACACGCGCACCCGGCCGUGAUCCGCCACCUUCAGCUGCGCUCGUCAGUCGUCAUGCAAGGAACUUUUUAGCUUCCUAUGGAACUGUAAUCGAAGCUUGAGAUUUGAUGCACUGGAAUGUUAUUAACAAGGUUCAGAGCUACUUGAACUGUGGUAUCCAUUCUACAUCACAGAUUUCUUUCCUUGCCAAGAUGGGAGUUUAUCUCAGUACUCCAAAGACCGAUAAGCUAUCCGAAGACGGGGAAAAUGAUAAACUCAAAUUUGGUCUUUCAUCUAUGCAAGGAUGGCGUGCAAGCAUGGAAGAUGCUCAUUCAGCAUUGCUAGAUCUUGACAAUGAGACGGCAUUCUUCGGUGUUUUUGAUGGCCAUGGAGGAAGGGUGGUUGCCAAAUUCUGUGCAAAAUAUCUACACUCGCAAGUUCUCAAAAGUGAAGCAUAUUCUUCUGGUGACCUAGGAACUGCUGUUCAUAAAGCUUUCUUUAGAAUGGAUGAAAUGAUGCGAGGACAGAGAGGUUGGAGAGAACUAUCUGCACUAGGAGAUAAGAUGAACAAGUUCAGUGGCAUGAUAGAAGGGUUGAUUUGGUCUCCGAGAGGCAGUGAUUCGAAGAAUGCAGAAGAUGACUGGGCUCUAGAGGAGGGACCCCACUCUGACUUUGAUGGGCCAACAUGUGGAAGUACAGCAUGCGUAGCACUAGUAAGGAAUAACCAACUUGUCGUGGCAAACGCUGGUGAUUCGCGGUGUGUUAUUUCUAGGGCUGGCCAGGCAUACAAUUUGUCCAGAGACCACAAGCCAGAGCUUGUAGCUGAGAGAGAAAGAAUACUAAAAGCAGGCGGGUUCAUACGCAUGGGGCGGAUAAAUGGAAGUUUGAACUUAGCGAGAGCGAUUGGAGAUAUGGAAUUUAAGCAGAACAAAUUCUUGCCUCCUGAGAAGCAAAUAGUGACUUCAAAUCCUGACAUCAAUGUUGUGGAGCUUUGCAAUGAGGAUGACUUUCUUGUUUUAGCAUGUGAUGGCAUUUGGGACUGUAUGUCAAGCCAGCAGUUGGUGGAUUUCAUCCAUGAGCAUAUACACACGGAGAGCAGCCUUUCUGCAGUGUGUGAAAGAGUGCUCGACAGAUGCCUGGCUCCAUCAACAAUGGGCGGAGACGGAUGCGACAACAUGACCAUGAUCUUGGUGCAGUUCAAAAAACCAGUCAGUGACAAGAAAAAGGCUGACGUGGGGGAGCAAUCUGCAAAAGGCAAGGAAGAGUCUUGAGGUUCAGUGAGUAUACGUGUUAUGCGAAGGCUCCACUGAUGCUGAGGUCUACGGCUCUUGACACGGGCUAGGAUGCUAAGUUGUCAAUGUGAAAUUGUGUGCACUCUGUGGCUGGGGUAUCGACUGUAUAUCAGUCGAUUGCUGUGGUUGGCGUGCAUUCUGCCUGCGAACCCAGGAUAAAUCACAUUGCUUGGCGCAACAUCGAAAUCCUGGCACUCAACUUCUCUUAGCCGCUCUGUUCGUCAUUGUACAAUCCAUGGUUUGGAUCAUCCACGCCUCCCAAAUUCAUAAUUUGGUGUUUUGUUAUAGUUUGUGUGUAUGCUGUAAACGUGGCUGGGGUGUUCCUUUGUUUUUUGGUGGUAUAUUCCAUGCCUCAGUGGCUGUGGCUGUUGUUCUGAUCUUGUAAUGUAUCAAAUCUGAAUCCAGUGUGUUUCUGUUCUUUGCCACGAAUAUAUUCUUUAGUUGUUUGCCAAGAAAA